GCGCUCUGUAACGGUAAUAUCACGAAGAAAGACUGAGGAGAAUAGAACAUAUUUCACGUUUGCUAAAAAUAACACUUUCCAAAAUACGACAAAAAAGAAAAAUGAUUGAAACAAAAUCAAAAAUAACCGCACUGAGUGUGCGUCUCCGUACAAAUUAAUAUUCUCAAAUCUAAGUUUUCAUCAAAAUAUUACAUUACGUUCACCGCGGUGGUGCCUUCACGGAUUGUGUGUGUUUCAUAUAUACUCUACAAAAAAACCGACCAUUUAAUUACCGUGUGUUAAAGAAAACUAAGAGUGUAACAAUACAUCUGCUGCCUUGUCUGAAUUCAAUUCCAAAAUAACGCAACUCUUCUUCUUCGCAUUAAAACAUUUUUAUAUUCGAAAUCAAGAAUACAUGUGCCUAUCAUCAUAAUAUAAUAGCAACAAAAGCCAUUUGGAAUACGAACAUAACGAUCGUAUACCUUCCCUUCUUAACAAGCGAAUUGUGUGUAAUUCACUAUAGUUUUUCGAUGAGUAUUAUUCGUACGUUUACAUGCCAAGACAAGAGUCGCUUGUUAUUCACGGAAACAUAAAAAAAUUAACAUUUUUUUUGAGCAUUUUUACAUGAACCAUUGUUCGGGAGUGACGUAACUUACAUUGUCAGUGAAAUUUAUCAAAAUUCUAGUGAAUGCACAAAACGAGGUGUUUUGCUUGGUUUCUUCGACGAAAAUCGAUUUUUCGUUAUCAAAGCGUGUGACAACUAGUUAUUCGAAUAAUGUGCAGUGCGAUGACAAUAUUUUUAGUCGUUGAAUGACUAAGGAAAAUAAUUCGUAUUUGAACAGUUGAAAUUCAGCUAAAUUUAAACUAUCGCUUUCCACGAAUAUAAUCUAAAACAAAAACGGUUUCAUCCGGUAAAUCAUAGCCAGGUGUGGGCUGCUGUUUAUAGUAAUUGUUUAAUUGUUGGAAUGGAUAUAACCAUAGUCGCCGCAUGUGAAGUUCUUCUUAUCUACGAACAAAUUAAUCAAAAGCUAGUAAACAAAUUCAAUUAGAAUUUGCUUUUUAGCGCCACUCAGAAUAUGGCUGAAGCUGAAAAACGUCCAUCAUCACCAAAAUGCCCAACGAAUCGAAUACUACGAUGUUUCUCGGGUCGUUACAACGUCACCGAAGAUGAAGUCAAACGAUUCAUCAACGUAUCCACACUAGUCAGCAAUGAAAAGGCGAAAGAGAUAUUUCGUCACUUCCUCGAAACGAACAAAGCAUCGUUAGCCCUACAGACACUAAAAUGCUACGAACUAGCUGAUAAGCAGCUAAACGACAAAGACAGCCGAACAGAGGACAGCUAUGACGAGCUGAAAGAAUUGAUGCCAGCGUACAUUUGGGAGAAGCGUUUAGAUGAUGCCAUAGAAGCGAAAGAUGAUGAUGUGUUGGUCGAGUAUUUGUUGAGACUGAUGGAAGAAUGUAAACGGUACAUUGAAACGCAUCAGGAUUUUAGACGGUACCGAAAAACAAUGUUGGAUAAACUGAAGAAGUGUACUUGUUGAUUGGUUGAGGCAUUUUUUUAGUAAAUUUUAAGUUUUCUAUAAUGAAUAUUAAAACGCUUUGUUGAACAUA